AAUGGUUUGGUGUGCAUUCCUUCAUAUGGGUUGAUGCCGUAGGCUUGAGCGCUCCUCUCGGUUUCAUGGCUGUGGCACGUAAAAUAAAAACUUUGCUGACUGUUAACAUUUUGGUUUUCGUGGGGAUUAUAUUGUUCUCAGUGUACUGCAGAAUUCAGGAUCGUUCCGAGGAGCUCGUACAGAUCGGAAGGAGCUCCGAUCAAAGAAUUCGAAGUAGGAAUGGCAAAGUUACCAACUUGGUGGACAGGCAGUCCAUACUUCAGAGGCUCGAACACCUUGAAGACGUAGUCUACAAUCAAUUAAACGGUCUCGCCAAGCCCAUGGGUCUGGUAGAGGGUCCCGGAGGCCUUGGUCAGGGAGGGGCAGCCGCAACCCUGAGGGAUGACAGUCAUGAGAUGGAGGGCAAGUACGAAGAAUACGGCUACAAUGCUCAACUGAGCGAUCGCAUCUCGCUGGAUAGAACUAUCCCAGACUACAGACCAAAAAAGUGCAAGCAGAUGGCCUAUCCUGAUGACCUUCCACAGAUUUCAGUGGUCUUCAUCUUUGUGAACGAGGCCUUGUCUGUUAUUUUGCGGUCUGUGCACAGUGUGGUCAAUCACACGCCAGCACACCUUCUCAAGGAGAUCAUCUUGGUUGAUGACAACAGCGACAGUGUGGAGCUGAAGUUCAACCUGGACCAGUAUGUUAACAAGAGGUACCCGGGCUUGGUGAAGAUCGUGCGCAACAACAAGAGGGAGGGCCUGAUCAGGGCCAGGAUACACGGGUGGAAGGCCGCCACUGCACCGGUGGUGGGGUUCUUCGAUGCCCACGUGGAGUUCAAUGCUGCCUGGGCAGAACCAAUUCUGACCAGAGUAAAAGAAGACCACACUCGGAUUAUCCUCCCGGCAAUUGAUAACAUCAAGUACAACACGUUUGAGGUGCAGCAAUACGCCAACGCUGCCCACGGCUACAACUGGGGCCUAUGGUGCAUGUACAUCAUCCCACCCCAGGAGUGGCUGGACAAGGGUGAUGAGACUGCCCCCAUCAGGACACCAGCAAUGAUUGGCUGCUCCUUCGUGGUGGAUAGAGAGUACUUUGGAGAGAUUGGUCUUCUUGAUCCAGGCAUGGAGGUCUAUGGAGGGGAAAACAUUGAGCUCGGCAUGAGGGUGUGGCAGUGCGGGGGGAGCAUGGAGGUUUUGCCCUGCGCUAGAGUGGCACACAUCGAGCGCACGAAAAAGCCAUACAAUAAUGACAUCGACUACUACGCCAAGAGGAACGCCCUGAGGGCCGCCGAGGUCUGGAUGGAUGAGUACAAGUCCCACGUCUACAUGGCCUGGAACAUCCCCAUGAACAACCCUGGGGUCGACUUCGGGGACGUCUCAGAGAGAAUCGCCCUUCGGAAGAAGCUCCACUGCCGCAGUUUCCGAUGGUACCUCGAGCAUGUUUACCCAGAGAUGCGCAUCUAUAACAACACCAUCACCUACGGGGAGGUGCGAAAUAGCAAGGCCAGUGGCUACUGCUUAGACCAAGGAUCUGAAGAUGAUGAUAAAGCUAUCCUCUACCCAUGCCAUGGCAUGUCGUCUCAGCUUGCCCGUUACUCAACAGAAGGCCUCCUGCAACUAGGACCCCUAGGAUCAACCACAUUUUUGCCUGACACAAAAUGCCUCAUUGAUGAUGGGAGAGGAAGGACUCCAAGCCUGAAAAAAUGUGACGCUAUUUCCCGCACAUCUCAGAGGCUUUGGGAUUUCACUCAGAAUGGCCCGAUCAUCAGCAGAGAUACUGGGCGGUGCUUGGAAGUGGAGAUGUCCAAAGAUGCAAACUUUGGCCUCAGGCUUGUGGUACAGAGAUGUUCUGGCCAGAAGUGGAUGAUACGGAAUUGGAUAAAGCAUCCGAGACAUUAAGGAAAGCCGCUGCUGCUGGUGAUGGGGUUCACAGAGCCCGUCUGGCUUUUUCUUGGAACUGCGCCAUAGACAAACAAUGUCCCUUCAUUGGGUAGAAGACUGAGGCACCCCCUGGACUGAUGACCUCAAAAGAUGAAUGUGUUCAGUCUUCAAGGGGAUCAUGUUCACUAACCCCCUGGCAAAAUGCUUUGAAUUGUGAAGAAGAAAUACAUCAGGAAAUACAUAGCCUAUUGGAUCUGGGCUCUGCCCCCGGAGCAGACAAGCUUCAGUUUUUGAAAUGUCCUACAGCACAUUUCUAAAGUUCUCAUGUCUAAGCACGCCAUUAUGAGAGGAAUACAUCUUAGAAGUUUACACAGUUAUGGCAAAAUGGCGAAAACAGUUUUCAUGAUCCAGUGCAAUGGAACCUUUGCAAAUACUAAGAUAGUCAGAGAAAAACAUAGACACCUUUGAACUAAACAAAAGGUGAAAUACCAUUCUAAUUGUGAUACCAGUUAUAAUUUUCUAAGGCUAUACAUUGCUUUGGGUAGUUAACUAUCCAGGUAAGCGAUUGUAUGUUUAUUCUGAGCACUAAUGAAAUUCUGAUAGGAAUCCUCUUUUCACAAGAAAAUGGAAAGCUUUCUGUUUGUUUCAUUUAACUUAAUGACUGAUGCACAACGUAAAGGAUUUAUUGUGUGCCUUUUUCCAUCUUUAUGCCAUGUCUGACCUGGGAAUGUGGAUCCCAUAAGCAUGUAUGAUAAUUUUAAUGCAGAAGCAAACAAAACAAUUAAUAUAUAAAUAUAUGUAAAGAUGUCAUAU